UCUAUAAUCUGUUUUAAUUCAUUUUUGUAAAGAUAUAAAGUUAUUAUCUAGAUUCACAUUUUUUACAUGUGGAUGUCCAGUUGUUCUAGUACCAUUUGUUGAAAAGAUUAUCCUUUCUCCAUUGCAUUGCCUUCGCUCUUUUGUCAAAAAUAAGUUGACUGUAUUUGUGAGGAUCUAUCUCUUGGCUGUCUAUUCUGUUCCAUUCAUUUAUAUAUUCUUUCAUUUCCACACUGUCUUAUUGACUGUAGUUUUACAGUAAGAUGAAGUUGGAUGGUAUUAGCCCUAACUUUGUUCUUCAAUAUUAUAUUGGCAGUUCUGGGUCUUUUGCCCUUCCAUUUAACUUUAGAAUCAGUUUGCCAAUAUCCACAAAGUAACUUGCUGGGAUUUUUAUUUUGAUUGCAUCAAAUCUGUAGAUCAAGUUGGGAAGAACUGACAUCUUAACAAUAUUGAAUCAUUCUAUCCAUGAACAUGGAAUAGCUUUCCAUCAAUUAGAUAUUCUUUGAUCUCUUUCAUCAGAGUUUUGUGGUUUUUCUCAUUUAGAUCUUAUGUGAAUUUUGUUAGACUUAUACCCAAGUAUUUCUUGCAAAUAUAAGUGGGGUUGUGUAUUUAAUUUCACAUUCUACUUGUUCAUUACUGGUCUGUAGGAAAGCAAUUGACUUGUAUAUAUUAACCUUUUUCAUGCAACAUAAUUGCUUGUUACUUCCAGGAGGUUUUUUUUGGUAAAUUCUUUGGGACUUUUGACAUAGAUAAUCAUGGCAUUUACAAACAAAGACAGUUUUGUUUCUUCUUUCCCAAUCUGUAUACCUUUAAUUUCCUUUUCUAGUCUUAGUGCAUUAGCUGGGAUUUCCAUUAAGGUGUGUGAUGAGUAGGAAUGGUGAGAAGAGACAUCCUUUUCUUGAUCUUAUAGGGAAAACCCCCCUAAUUUCUCACCAUUAAUUAUGAUGUUAGCUGUAGGAUUUUUGUAGAUACUCUUUGUCGAGUUAAGGAAUUUCCCCUCUGUUGUUUGUUGAGAGUUUUUACAUGAAUAAGUGUUGGGUUUUCUCAAAUGUUGUUUUCUAUUUCUGUUGGUAUCAUGAUUUUUCUUUAGUUUUGUCUCUUUCUUUUUGAUUCAAGGAAAUUAGCUCUUUACCUCAGAUCUUAACUCCCAGUAUUUGCCAUUUAAAAAAAAUUUUAUGAAGUCAAAUGGUUUAUUUUCCUUUCUGUCUUUUGAGUUUUGUGUUGUACUUAAAGGCUUCUUGCUACAGCAUUAUAAGUAGAAAUAUUAACCUCUUUCCUAAUAUUAUGAUGUUACUUUUCAUGUUUAUAUCUUUGAGCUUAUUUUAUUUGGGGCAAAAUAUUAGACAAGGAACAGGAUAUUUUUCUGAUGGCUUACAGUUGUCCCAGAUAGAUUAAAUUUUUGGUAGAUGGAUAUAAUAGAGAAGUGGCAACCCAGACUAAAAGAACUACAGAAAUCAAAGUAGUUGUUGGAGUUCAACAACAACAAAAAAUCCAGUUUGGUUUUGGGUAAAGGAUAUAGAAAUACAAGAGGGAAAUUAUUAAGAGGUGGGACUUGAAAGAUGGUUGAGACCAGAACAUGGAGAACACUGGAUAGAAGAAACAAGCAAUGAAGGGCUUUGGGUAGAGUGGGUAACAUAGCGCGGGUAACAUAAUGAGAACUCUGUUAUGAGAACUCAUUUGAAUGUAGAAUGUGAAAUGAUUUGAAGUAGGUGAAUCUUGAAGAGGAACAAGAAGAGAUUUUUGUCUUCUGAGUGAGAAUAUAUGAGUGAGAAUAACAAAGGCAACUGAAUGGAUAUAGGUGACAAAAUACGUUUAAACCAGAACCUGAUUAACUUAGGAUUUUCCUGGAAAUGGACCCUCAGGAAUCUGCCUUUCUUAUAUGCUGUCAGGCUACAGACCAUAUUUAUCAUCAGAAGCAAUACAUCCAAACACAAUCUUACAUAGCAAAUUAGAAGAAGCGAGACAUCUUUCCAUUGUUGAUCAGGACUUAGAGUACUUGUCUGAGGGCCUUGAGGGUCGAUCAUCCAAUCCUGUUGCAGUACUUUUCGACGCACUUCUUCAUCCAGAUGCUGACUUUGGGUAUGAUUAUCCAUCCAUUUUGCAUUGGAAAUUGGAACAGCAUCAUUAUAUCCCUCACUUAGUUCUUGGUAAAGGUCCACCUGGUGGAGCUUGGCAUAAUAUGGAAGGCUCGAUGUUGACAAUCAGCUUUGGAAAUUGGAUGGAGCUACCUGGACUUAAAUUUAAAGAUUGGGUAUCUAGCAAACGAAGGAACCUAAAAGGGGAUCGAGUUAUGCCAGAGGAAAUAGCUCGCUACUAUAAACAUUAUGUAAAAGUCAUGGGUCUUCAGAAGAAUUUCAGAGAGAAUACUUACAUUACCUCUGUAUCAAGACUCUACAGAGAUCAAGUUGAUAAUGAUGGUCAAGACAGAGAUAUUUCAACACAGCAUUUACAGAUAGAGAAGUCAAAAUUUACCAAGAGAAACUGGGAAAUCAGGGGUUAUCAGCGAAUAAGAGAUGGUUCCCAUAUUCCCUUCUGUCUCUUUGCUGAAAAUGUAGCUCUGGCAACCGGAACAUUGGAUUCUCCUGGCCGUUUGGAAAUUGAUGGGGAAGAUUUUCCUUUUGUGUUUCAUUCAAUGCCUGAAUUUGGAGCCGCUAUAAGCAAAGGACAGUUGUGUGGCAAAGUGGAUCCAGUGUUAAUUGUAGGUUCUGGGCUUACCGCAGCUGAUGCAGUACUGUGUGCUUACAACAAUAAUGUCCCUGUGAUUCAUGUAUUUCGCAGACGAGUAACUGAUCCAAGCUUAAUUUUCAAACAGCUUCCCAAAAAGCUUUAUCCAGAAUACCAUAAAGUCUAUCAUAUGAUGUGUACUCAGUCAUAUUCUUUAGACUCAAAUCUUUUAUCUGAUUAUACCAGUUUUCCUGAGCACCAUGUGCUUUCCUUUAAGUCGGACAUGAAAUGCAUUCUUCAAAAUAUCUCUGGAUUAAAAAAAAUAUUUAAGCUCUCUGCAGCAGUAGUAUUGAUAGGUUCUCAUCCCAAUCUGUCCUUUCUGAAGGAGCAAGGGUGUUACCUGGGCCACAACUCAAGCCAGCCAAUCACAUGUAAGGGUAAUCCUGUGGAAAUAGAUGCAUAUACAUAUGAGUGUGUUAAAGAAGCCAACCUUUUUGCAUUGGGUCCUUUGGUUGGAGACAAUUUUGUUCGAUUUUUAAAGGGAGGGGCACUGGGUGUUACACGCUGUUUAGCUACAAGACAGAAGAAAAAAAAGCAGCAUUUAUUUGUUGAAAGAGGAGGAGGAGAUGGGAUAGCUUAGAGCAGGUUUACAAGUAAUUUAUAUGAACACUUUACCAUUAAAGAUUUUUAAUAGUGGUUUUACAGUGUACUGGCUUGAAUUUUCUGAACUUGAAUUAACUGAGAGAGCCUCAAGCUAUAGUAACUAUUUUUUAAAGUUACCAGAAUUUGGUGUCCUAAUUACAUUAUAAUGUAUCAAAGGUGUCAAUUGUCAGACAAAUAGAAACACUGCCAAUUUGGUAUACUUUAAGUUCUCACUUAACUAAAACAUUCUUUUCUUCCAAGACAUUUUUUGUGAUCAUUGUUGCUUAUUUAUGUUUGAUUACAAAAUAUGACAGCAUUGAAUCUAUAAAACCACAGUCAUUAGGCCAGAGGUUUCCCUCACUUUAUAUAUUGGGUCACCUUGCUGCUCAAAGGGUGGUUCAAAGAUAGCAUCAGCUUCAUUUCUGGCUUGUUAGAAAGGUAGACUCUCAGGACCCACAACAGACUUACUGAAUCAGAAAUUACAUCUUAAUGAGAUCCUCAAGGAAUAUGUAUGCUUAUUAAAGCUUGAGACACACCGGUCUAAAAGAAAAUGGGAUGUAAGAAGGUACAGAUAGAUGCUGAGGGUGGGUGGAAGUAGAGGGCAUAUACUACUCAGGUUUUAUUUAUUUUGAAAUUAUCAAUUGUAUAAAUCUAAUUUAUUAACAAAUAUGGGCUUUUAAAAUUUUUAUUGUUGAAACCUUGACAGGUAAUUCAUAGUUUCAGCUUCUAAUUUAAACAGUCCAAUAAUGUUGGCAUAUACUGAGACAUCCAGGAACCUGCUGAGAUAUUUUUUAGAGAUAUAUUCUCUAGUUAACUAGCAUAAUACUAUU